GCCUCCAGAGUAUCUGUGACUACAGGCGCGCUCGUGCCACCAUACCCGUCUAGUUUUUGUCUUUUUUGUAGAGCCGGGGUUUCACUAUGUCGCCCAGGCUGGUCUCGAACUCCUGAGCUAAAGCGAUCCACCCACCUCGGCCUCCCAAAAGUGCUGGGAUUAGAGGCGUGAGCCACCAAGUCAAAUGGGCUUUAUACUUACAAAAUACCUUUGCAGACUUAUUUCAUUUUCACCUCACAACUCUCCAGCGUAGGCUGGACCGGUAUUAUCAUGGCCUUUUACUGAAAGAGGAAACUGAGAGUCAAGGUUGGGGCAGUUAACAAGCGUCACUUAGCAGCCUCGACAUUAACCACGCUCUCAGCCCCUUUUGGUCCUACUCCUAAGAGAACCUUCCUGCACCUCCAAGAACUUGCCGAUCGGGUCUGUGGCGGUCUGGACGAGGUCACUCCAUAGGCGCCCAGAACCUUCCCACCCGUAGUGACGCGCGCCGGUGACGCCAUACAGUGACGUAUGGUGACGCGACUUACCGGGAGCCAGGUGCCGGCAGGGCAGCCACACCCUGGGGCCCCCUGCUCUCUAGGCGCAGAGGGUCGGGCCGGUGCGGAAAAGCCGCAGAAGCCGCUUCUGGCUACCUUCCGGGCCUGCACCCCCGGACCCAGCAGCCGGCGGUCGAUCGGUUGCUAAGUGACGCCAGCGCGCAGUGGCGCGUGCGCGGCCACGGCGGAGUGCGUGAGGGCGGACGCGCGCCGCGACGGCGGCGGCGGCGAGGACGGCGGCCACGGUAGUGGCCAAGGGGGCGGUGGCAAAGAGGGGGGUGCGGAGCGGGCGGAAGAGGCGUCUGUGCCGGCGGCUAGGUCGCAGAGGAACAUCGUUGGGAUCAACGACUAUCGUCUAUUCCACAAGAUGAGUAACAGCCACCCUCUUCGCCCCUUUACUGCAGUGGGGGAAAUUGAUCAUGUGCACAUUUUGUCUGAACAUAUUGGUGCCUUGUUGAUUGGGGAAGAAUAUGGCGACGUCACAUUUGUUGUGGAAAAGAAACGUUUUCCUGCGCACAGGGUGAUUUUAGCAGCCAGGUGCCAAUAUUUUCGAGCAUUAUUGUAUGGCGGAAUGCGAGAGUCUCAGCCUGAAGCAGAAAUUCCUCUCCAAGACACCACUGCAGAAGCAUUCACAAUGCUACUCAAGUAUAUCUACACAGGGCGGGCAACGCUGACUGAUGAGAAGGAGGAGGUGCUGCUGGACUUUUUAAGCCUGGCUCAUAAAUAUGGAUUUCCAGAGCUAGAGGAUUCUACUUCCGAGUAUCUCUGCACCAUACUUAACAUUCAGAAUGUCUGUAUGACUUUUGAUGUUGCCAGUCUGUACUCACUUCCCAAGUUAACUUGUAUGUGCUGCAUGUUUAUGGACAGGAAUGCUCAGGAGGUGCUCUCAAGUGAAGGUUUCCUCUCCCUUUCUAAGACAGCACUUUUAAACAUCGUGUUAAGAGAUUCAUUUGCAGCUCCCGAAAAAGAUAUUUUCCUAGCCCUACUAAACUGGUGUAAGCAUAAUUCAAAGGAGAAUCAUGCUGAAAUCAUGCAGGCUGUGCGUUUACCUCUCAUGAGCCUCACUGAACUUCUGAAUGUUGUGAGGCCUUCGGGACUGUUGUCUCCUGAUGCCAUUCUGGAUGCCAUUAAAGUGCGAUCGGAGAGCCGGGAUAUGGACCUCAAUUACAGAGGCAUGCUCAUACCAGAAGAAAACAUUGCGACUAUGAAGUAUGGAGCCCAGGUUGUAAAGGGGGAGUUGAAAUCGGCCUUAUUAGAUGGUGAUACUCAAAAUUAUGAUUUGGAUCAUGGAUUUUCGAGGCACCCAAUUGAUGAUGAUUGCCGUUCCGGCAUUGAGAUUAAGCUAGGUCAGCCAUCCAUUAUCAAUCACAUACGGAUACUCCUGUGGGACCGAGAUAGCCGGUCUUAUUCAUACUUCAUUGAAGUGUCAAUGGAUGAACUUGAUUGGGUCAGAGUGAUAGAUCAUUCACAAUAUCUGUGUCGUUCUUGGCAGAAAUUAUAUUUUCCAGCCCGUGUCUGCAGGUAUAUUCGAAUUGUUGGGACUCACAACACAGUGAACAAGAUUUUUCACAUUGUGGCUUUUGAAUGUAUGUUUACAAACAAAACCUUCACUCUUGAGAAGGGGCUGAUAGUUCCCAUGGAGAACAUUGCAACAAUUGCUGAUUGUGCCAGCGUGAUUGAAGGAGUCAGUCGGAGCCGAAAUGCCUUGCUGAAUGGGGACACUAAGAAUUAUGAUUGGGAUUCUGGCUACACAUGUCACCAGCUAGGAAGUGGUGCGAUUGUGGUUCAGCUGGCACAGCCAUACAUGAUUGGGUCAAUACGGUAAGAA